UUAAAAUUAAAUUACACAUUAUAUUAGUUUUAUUAACACACUGUUAUACACAGUAAAUUAUUUACUAAAAUGUGCGAGCUAAAUAACUUUGUCAAAAUAGACCCUGAUGAAUUAGCUGAGUUUUUAAUGAGCCAUAAGGGGGUCGAUGAUGCGGUGGUGGUGGGGGUUAACAACAACAUAGGUCUCCAUUGGUUGAGGGCGUAUGUGGUGGUCAAAAAAGGACAUACCAUUCCCGAGGGGGAGCUAGAAAAAUAUGUGCAAGAUAAUAAGCCAAAUGCCGUACAAUUGCGAGGGGGCGUGGAGUUUGUGGACAUGAUACACACCACGUAUAUUGGCAAUACUGUCCGCAAAUAUUAUCGUAAUAUAGUCAACAGCGAUUUGACUGGCUAA